UAAUCCUAUUUUCGAGAGGGUUCCAAGUCCAUCUUCCCCAUUAAAUUCUGAAUACAGGAAGCGUGACCUGGUUAGGGUUAUUGUUGCCUCACAUCAUUCGGCAAUCACUUGCCUUCUGUCUCUCCCUCUCUCUCUCCCAAAAUUCUUCAAUCGAGGUUUCCAAUUAGUGUUUCUUCAAAAGGUGCGAUGACGGAUAUUACUUGUAACUGAUAAAUCAAACACAUCCGAGGAAGAGAAACCCGAGAAGCACUGGAUUUAUUUUGGGGUAAAUUUAGGUGGUGAAAUAAUGGAGUCUAUAGUGGUUGGAGCAGAGAGGCGUCGGGGGAGAAAAAGGAAGAUAAAGGAUGUAGAGAAUGUAACAGUGGAUGGUGAUGGUAAGAGGAAAAUAGUGGAAACUAGGUCGAAAAGAAUAGUUGGUAGGUAUGUAAUGAAAGAAUUUGAGGGCAGUGGGGUGUUUUUGGGAAAGGUUGCAUCUUAUGAAUCUGGUUUGUACAGGAUAGAUUACGAGGAUGGUGAUUGUGAGGAUUUAGAGAGUGGUGAAUUGAAGGUGCUUUUAGUUGAAGAUAGCAAAAUAACUGGUGAAUGGUUGGAGAGGAAAAAGAAGUUGGAGGAGCUAUUGUUAAGUAAAGAUGUACAGGCAAAGAAUUCUAAAUUUAAAAAUGUGCCAGCAAAUGCUACGGUUGACAACAAGGUUGAAGCAUUGCCGUUAAGUGAGCCCACAAACAGUGGGGUUGGUGCUAUUGAAGUGGAGGAGGUCCAAGAAGAAGGCAAUACUUAUGCUGAUGGUGAUUCAUCAAGUGAUUCAUGUGAUGAUGCUCAGGAGCAGGAUGCUAGUCUGGAGGUGGAAGAACCAGUUGUUCCUCCACCAGAAUUACCUCCAUCUUCUGGGCACAUUGGAGUCCCAGAGGAGUAUGUUUCGCACCUUUUCUCUGUAUAUUGUGUUCUGCGUUCAUUUAGUGUCCCAUUGUUUCUGUAUCCUUUUGGAUUGGAUGAUUUUGUGGGGGCGCUAAAUUGCUCUGUUGCGAACACUUUGUUGGAUUCUGUUCACGUUGCUUUAAUGUCUGCCUUGAAACGCCAUAUUGAAAGGCUCUCAUCUGAAGGUUCAGAGCUUGCAUCAAAGUGCUUGAGGUGCAUAGAUUGGAGUUUGCUUGAUUCAUUGACUUGGCCAGUUUACUUGGUCCACUAUUUAAUGGUUAUGGGGUAUACAGAUGGACCUGACUGGAAAGGAUUUUAUACACAUACCCUGGAGAGAGAUUAUUAUACUUUAUCUGUUGGGAGGAAGCUAAUGAUUUUGCAAAUUUUGUGUGAUGAUAUUCUGGAUUCUGAAGAGCUAAGAGUAGAAAUUGACAUGCGUGAAGAAUUAGAAGUAGGAAUAGACACUGAUACAGGGACGACCGUUGCCCCUGCAGGUGGACCAAAAAGAGUUCAUCCGAGAUAUUCUAAAACUUCUAUCUGCAAGGACAAAGAUGCAAUGCAAAUCGUUGCAGAGCGUCACCAGAUAAAGCUGUCUCUUAAUUCUGAUUCUUUGGGGUCUGAAAUAAGUGGACCAGUUGACAGCUCUGUUGUUGACCAGGAUGAUAAUGGGGAUGAAUGCCGGCUUUGUGGUAUGGAUGGAUUUCUGCUUUGUUGUGAUGGUUGCCCGUCAUCUUACCAUUCAAGAUGUUUGGGACUGUGCAAAAUGUAUAUGCCGGAAGGAUCAUGGUUUUGUCCUGAGUGUAAAAUAAAUGCUACAGGGCUUAAAAUUUUGAGAGGUACAGCUCUAAGGGCAGGAGAAAAUUUCGGUGUUGACUGUUAUGAACAAGUCUUUGUGGGUACUUGUGACCAUUUACUUGUGUUGAAGGCCUCGAUUAACUCGGAAAUUUGUCUCAAAUACUAUCAUAGACUUGACAUUCCUAGAGUUCUCCAAGCCCUUCAUUCUAAAGCAGAACAUGUUACCAUGUAUUCAAAUAUAUGCCAGGGGAUUAUGCAGUUUUGGGAAAUGCCAGAGGACAUUUUACUGCAAAAUAGAACAUCUGAAAUAGAUAUUCAGUUAGCAGACCAUAAAGAAAGUGGUGUGUGUACGACCCACUUGACUACAUUGGUGGACAAGCUAGUCUCUGAGAGUUUUGAAGUUGAGAACACUGGUAGCCCUGAAACUAUUAGUUCAGGGAACUUGGCUGUUUCAUCUCUUAAGAACUCUUUUCAGGAUCCCAUGCUGAGUGGGAACUAUAUGGAUACAGAAUUUCCACCUGAUCAGCAGGGGAAUGGUGUGACCACAAGAAAUCAGUCCAAUUCUCUACAUAAACCCAGAAUGACUGAACCAGCUAUAGUUACUGGUUUGGUUGGCCAGGCAGCAGAUUGUUUUGAGUUAAGCCAACAAAGCACGUCAAGUAUAUCAGAAGUUGUUUCACACAGCUGUAUUAAC